AUGGCCAGCCUCAAGUUUAUAAUGGACGUCGAUGACGACGAACCUGACGCCCCCUCGAAUAAAAAGGACAAGGAUCCUGCUGCCGUACCCUCCAGCUCGCGUCAAGAUCCAUCGUCCAGUCAGGCAUACUCAAGUCAUGUCACUAGUUCUAGUCAGGCCAUCGAAAGGAGUCUCAGGCCAGGCACUCGGCAUACCACAUCCUCCAACACGGCCGCCAAACCCGCUGUCGCGUCAGCAUCCUCACCUCGAUCCUCAGCCCGUCGGCGGAGCACGACUAGUACCGACUCGAUGGAUCUGGCUGCUGGCUAUGGCUCCGCUGCCUCCUCCUCAUCCAGGGGUGGGCCUGCGAACCCCUCAAUCAGCCCUAUGAGGCCGGUACCAAACCCUGCCGGGGCAGAUAUUCCCGUCAAGCUCACCCCUAUCACUGGCAGGCUUAGCCACCAGUCCCCUGGCUAUCUAUGCUCCUACCCAGGCUGUGGCCGAGUUUUUCAUCGCCCCGACCUUCUCACACGGCACCUACAGAGACACGAGCAGGAAGGUGACAAGGCGGCGAAGAGCGGGGACGAGGAUGGUGGUGGAGGGUUAUCACUCCCGCAAGCUGCUGGUCCUUCGUCCGUGAUGCAGCAGGGGCCAGGGAGGUCCUCGGCUUCGGGCACGGCCGCGGCAGAGAUGCCGUCGACAAAUGCACCGGGCUUUCAGCAAUUGAGAAGCACUGGGGACCCACGCAACCCGUCCCUGUCUCCUCGUCAAGGUGGGACUGCUGAACAUUACAGCUACAACUACCCACCCCGAGGUUCGCACGACUACCAGUACUCGUCCUCGCCAUCGGUCUCCGUGAUCAACCCAACUCCAACUCUCGAGGCCUCUCCCUACUCCAGCCUGGCGGAACCAUACCAGCAAUCCCGAAGCACUCCCUCCAUCUUCGUCGUCACUCAGGGGCUGUCGCCGCCAAGUCUGAAUCUGCCAGAAAAUGGCCCUCCAGAUCUAGGCUACCCGGACGCCUCACCCUGGCCUUCAUCUGCGUCCGAUAGCACCUACUCGACGCCGGCAUCUGACAUCUCACGCAACCAUCGCUACUGGCUACCGCGACACCAGUCACCAACGGCCGACUGGCCGUCUACCCAACUACUGUCGCCAUAUCCCAACACGGUACGCCGCGAGACCCAAAGUCCGGGACCGAGUUUGGAGACAAUUGCAGGCCCUGCACCUCCCGCGUUCAUGAGCUCCUUCUCUGCACCUUCCCAUUUUUCUACGGCGCCUCAGAACGAGACCUUUGGCGCAGUGCUCGACGUGCCCUUGUCUGUCUUCGGCUCGACGACAGAACCAGCCAGCCACACCAUGGUCAGCCCUUCGACAAACACCUUACGUCCACAUAGUCGGCACCACUCUGUUACCUCCAUUCAUGGUGCGACCUCCCCGCACAUCGCACCUGCCCACGCGACCGAAACCCUAGUCACGCCAAUGAGGGCCCUCCCCGACCGAAUCAACUCCAUGGCCAGCCUGGGCCGCCAGAAGGAAAUGGUGAUUGAUAUCGCCGACGCGCAGGCACAGCAGGCCUUCAUGGGAAGCGGUGGAGGGUUCGACAUGCUCGGCGACCUGGAAGAGGCCCUUGGCAACGGGGGUCAAGGGAGGCUGGGAUGUGAGACGGGUGUGAUGGCCUUGAAUCUAGGUCCCAUGAUAGCCGGAGGCGGAAUCCCCGGGGCGGGAGACCCGGGCCUCCUUCCCAGGGCCGUACGCGCGGCCAUCCCUGGAUACAUCAAGGUUUACUGGCGCCGGUUACACCGCUCUUGGCCGAUUGUGCAUCGCUGCUCGUUCGAGGUCGCCGGAGAAGAUGCGCUGCGCUGUGCUGUGGCUGCUGUGGCAACUCAGUACCUCGACAGCAAGCAGGACCGCAUUAACGGCAACCAGCUGCACGAGUAUGCUUGGCAAGAGGCAAAGCGGAUACCCCAAUGGAACCUCCAGGUCAUGCAGGCCAUCCUCCUGUGCGAGCUCUUCGCGCGCUUCCGCGGCCGGAAGGCAGUAACGAGACCCUCGAAGCAGUUUGAAUCUCUCUAUUCGAGGGUGAGUUCUCAGCACUUCUUUUCGUCAGCCGACAAUGGCCUUCUCCCUUGCGAUCCAAGUACUUGGUCUCCCGAUUCUUCGUCAUCCUCUAGUUCUUGCAUGACCCCAGGGCCUCCCGGCGACUUGCCAUCCAUGCCUCCUGUUGCCGUUUCCUCUUCUAAUUCCCUCGAAUUCCGGUCUGAGCCGUCCUCUUGGUCGACCUUGUUCCCCUCUGCCAACUAUCAAACCCCAUCACUAGUUGUACAGCAACAGCCACGCUCACAUGCAGUUCCCUACACACAGGUCCUUUACCACAAUCCGAGCAUGUUCGAUCCGGCUGUCAUGUCACUCGAACAGCAUGGCUCCGUCGGAGACCGCUGGCAAGCGUGGCUUGACGCAGAGGCCCGCCGCCGCCUAUUGACAGCCUGUUUCAUCGUCGACACUCACACCUCUGUUUAUCAACAACAAAGGAAGGCCCAUGAAUACGACCUGUCUGGAACUGGAGCGACCCCGCCGAUCCCCCUCAUCGAUCGCGGCGCCGCACUGUGGGAGGCGUCCUCUGCCGAGGAGUGGGCUGGUCUUCUCUCAAGGGAUCCAGGAGCUAGGAAUCCAACUUUUAUACCGCCCGCCAAUUCCCUCACACCGGAAGGCCUUUUAGACCGUCCCGAGUUCGAUCGCGCGGCAAUCCUAGCCCUCGAGUCGCUGCGUCUUCCGCGCCGGCCAUCCGGCACCGAUGCCGGCCCUGCUCCCAGUCCCGGUCCCGCCCCCAUUCACUUCCCCCUGCUCGGCGACGACGCCGUGGAAGACUUCGAUAUGGACCUCGAAAACCACCCCUCCGCCUCCGCCCCCGCGCCCCGCCGCUCCCCCCACGCGUCCCCGCCCCCGGGCACCUCCGCCCCCGAGGAGCGCCUCGCGCGCCUCUUCGCGCCCUGCCCGCGCGCAAACACCUACCUCGCCCUGCACCACACGCCGCUGCACGAUCUCUUGGCCGUCAGCGGCGACACCUGGAUCUUCAGCCAGAAGGUCCUGCCGGCCACGUCCUUCGCCGAGCACCAGAAGCGCCUCAAGGCCUGGGCCGAGCACCAGCAGCGCGCCGCCCGCUCAUCGCCCCUCCCUGCCGCUGCCGCGGCUAGGGCGACUAUGUAUGCGGCGAGGGCGAUACUGGGGUUCCUUGCGACGCGGUGCCCUGCCGACGACGAUGAUGAUGAUGAGGAGGAAGGGGAGGAGGAGGAGGAGGAAGACGGAGACGACGCGCCGGCAUGGUUCCCUGACCUCGGCGACUACUGGGCCCUGUACGUGUGCGCGCUCGUGUGCUGGGCGUUUGGGCACCGGGCGCGCAGCGCCGGGGUUAGCGACCGGGCCGGCGGGGCCGACGACGAGGGGACCUUGGCGUGGCUGCGCCUGGUGGCGGGGGCAAGGUGGCCCGAGGAGGUCGCCGCGGUGAGGGGGCGGAGGGAGGCUGGUGGGGUUGUCGGGUUGGUGCGGAGGAGGCUGGAGAGGGAUUGUGUGGGGGGAAGGAGUAGGCUGUAUGUUGAUGCUGUGGGGGUGUUGAAGAAGUUGGAGGAGGGGGUUAAUUGGAAGUGGUUCUGA